AUGAGCCCCUUCAAAGAAAUGGAGCGUUUUUCAAAUCUAGUAAAGGUCAGAACGCUAUUAUUGACCGUUCUCGCAAUUGACCGGACCAUAGGGUGGCUCAAUUUUUCUCGAAAUAACAGUGAUUUCGAACUUCGUAGACCUAUCUUUUCCACGCCUUCACUCUAUUGGCUCGGUGACAUGGUCAACCACUCUGAGUCCU